AUGAUGAUGAUGAUGAUGAUGAUGAUGAUGAUGAUGAUGAUGAUGAUGAUGAUGAUGAUGAUGAUGAUGAUGAUGAUGAUGAUGAUGAUGAUGAUGAUGAUGAUGAUGAUGAUGAUGAUGAUGAUGAUGAUGAUGAUGAUGAUGAUGAUGAUGAUGAUGAUGAUGAUGAUGAUGAUGAUGAUGAUGAUGAUGAUGAUGAUGAUGAUGAUGAUGAUGAUGAUGAUGAUGAUGAUGAUGAUGAUGAUGAUGAUGAUGAUGAUGAUGAUGAUGAUGAUGAUGAUGAUGAUGAUGAUGAUGAUGAUGAUGAUGAUGAUGAUGAUGAUGAUGAUGAUGAUGAUGAUGAUGAUGAUGAUGAUGAUGAUGAUGAUGAUGAUGAUGAUGAUGAUGAUGAUGAUGAUGAUGAUGAUGAUGAUGAUGAUGAUGAUGAUGAUGAUGAUGAUGAUGAUGAUGAUGAUGAUGAUGAUGAGGAUGAUGAUGAUGAUGAUGAUGAUGAUGAUGAUGAUGAUGAUGAUGAUGAUGAUGAUGAUGAUGAUGAUGAUGAUGAUGAUGAUGAUGAUGAUGAUGAUGAUGAUGAUGAUGAUGAUGAUGAUGAUGAUGAUGAUGAUGAUGAUGAUGAUGAUGAUGAUGAUGAUGAUGAUGAUGAUGAUGAUGAUGAUGAUGAUGAUGAUGAUGAUGAUGAUGAUGAUGGUAAAAUGUACAUACACCUAUACACUGACCUAA